AUGUCUCAAAUACCCACGCCACCAGUGUCGCGACCGGGCUCAGAGGCACCUGAAGUGAAGGUGAAGCCAGUGGCUUUGGAGGAUUCGGUCCAAUGUUUGGAUACACUUCUUGAGAAAUACUUGCACCUGCUUGAUCGGCAGCAGAAAUUACAUUCAAGCCUGGCAGAGCAGCUGUCAUCGGCCAAUUUCUCCAGUCCUGGUCGUCGUUAUGGUCCGGAUUAUUAUGAUGGGCGCAUGAAAGCGACGAGGAAGAUAUCAAUCCAAUCCAAACGAAACACGGAGCAAUCCACGAACGAUCCUCAAGAUGAAGCGGAUAUCACUGCGCUACCUGAUUCUGAAUACACAUUCUCCGUCAAGAAGACCACACCUAGUCAUCCACCAGAGGAUGGGAACAACGAAACCAAGGCCACUUCUCCGGUCCUAGGUGAACAUCUUGAGGCCGAGGAAACUCGCCCGGCCGAGGCGGCUAGCUCGGAAACAUCAGACCAUGCAGAAACGGAGACUACCCCUGUCCAAAACCCCAAGCCCGUCUCUAAGAAGUUCCGUUCUGCCGAUCCAAUUCAUUGGUAUGGAAUAUUGGUUCCCCAAUCGCUACGCAGGGCACAAGACUCUUUCACAAAUGCGAUAGAUAAUCAGGUACCGGAUUUGGCCAGUACAACAGUUGAGAUGCAAGCUGUGGAACAGCAGAUAAACCAAUUACGAGCUCGAUUGGAAAUUGAAUCCUCCGAUGCAACUGUGUUGUAG